CACACCGGCCAUUUUUUUUCUCAGGAGCACUCCGCUGCUUCUUCGCCAAGUGGAAAAGCGCUUCGUACCACUUCGAUAAGCCUACAAGUUUGGACAAGUGUCACUCGGCUCUGUCACAGGCUUCGGAAAAGUCAACACAACGGGACGCCAACCAUGCUGCCGCCGAUGAGUGCAAAGUUAUUUCGCUGACAUCCUCGUCCGGGUUGGGCUUGUCUAAAGUGUCGCACAAAUGGAAAUGGUGCCCAGCGAGGAGAACCAGUUCGUACCCAAAGAGAUCCAAAAAGCCGCAGAGGAGCCCAGAGUGUUGUGUAUAAUCCAGGACAUCACCUGUGCCAAGACUGUCAACGAGAGGUUGACCUUCAACCUUCCUGCGUCCACUGCCCUCUCUAAACUCUAUGAAGAUGUUGCCCAUAAAGCAGGAUAUGUCAAUGGCUCCUUUGAACUUGCCUGGGGAAACACACAAGACAUGACACCCCUGGAGCACAGUGGAGAGGUGUCGCUUCUGGAUUCUGGGUUUGAGCCCUGUGGUAAGAGGAAUUUCCUCCAGCUAACAGACAAAGAUGGAGAACAACCACAUGUUGCUUCGGAUGAGUCGGGAGCAGCCGAUAGCACUGGACUGGAUGAUGGCUCCCAGGAGCGAUUCAUCGGGCCCCUGCCCAGAGACGGCACCGUGGGUUGCAGUGGUGACUGCAGUAGCCCCUCUUAUUCUUACACUUCCAUCCUCAACAAAUCUGAGACAGGUUACGUGGGUUUGGUCAACCAAGCAAUGACCUGCUAUUUGAACAGUCUCUUACAAACACUGUUCAUGACCCCGGAGUUCAGAAAUGCCCUAUACAACUGGGAGUUUGAGGAAUCUGAAGAGGACCCAGUCACGAGCAUUCCAUACCAGCUGCAAAGACUUUUUGUUCUUCUCCAGACCAGUAAGAAACGUGCCAUAGAGACCACGGAUGUGACGCGGAGUUUUGGAUGGGACAGCAGUGAAGCUUGGCAACAACAUGAUGUGCAAGAACUUUGCAGGGUCAUGUUUGAUGCCCUAGAGCAAAAGUGGAAGCAGACAGAACAGGCUGACUUGAUCAACCAGCUGUACCAGGGGAAACUCAAGGAUUAUGUCCGCUGUCUGGAGUGUGGCUACGAGAGCUGGAGGAUUGAUACUUACCUGGAUAUUCCUCUUGUAAUAAGACCCUUCGGGGCCAGCCAGGCCUAUGGCAGUGUGGAGGAAGGUUUGCAGGCAUUCAUCCAGCCAGAAACUCUAGAUGGGCCCAACCAGUACUUCUGCGAACGCUGCAAAAAGAAAUGUGAUGCCCGGAAGGGCUUAAGGUUUCUGCAUUUUCCUUACCUGCUGACACUGCAGCUGAAACGUUUUGAUUUUGACUACACCACUAUGCAUCGGAUCAAGCUCAAUGACAGCAUGACUUUUCCUGAGGAACUUGACAUGACUCCAUUUAUUGAUGUGGAGGAUGAGAAGUCUCCUCAGACGGAAAGCUGCACUGACAGUGGAGCAGAGAAUGAGGGCAGUUGCCACAGUGACCAGAUGAGCAAUGAUUUCUCCACUGAUGAUUGUGUGGAUGAGGGCAUUUGUCUGGACAGCACUGGCAGCGGAGAGCGGGUCUUGAAGGCAAAGAGUUUGCCGAGCUUUGAACUGUUCUCCGUCAUGGUCCAUUCGGGAAGUGCUGCAGGCGGCCACUAUUACGCCUGCAUCAAAUCCUUCAGUGAUGGCCAGUGGUACAGUUUCAAUGACCAGCAUGUUAGCAAGAUCACCCACGAGGACAUCAGAAAGACUUAUGGGGGGUCCUCAGGGAGCAGAGGAUAUUAUUCUAGUGCCUUUGCAAGCUCUACAAAUGCUUAUAUGCUGAUUUAUAGAUUGAAAGAUCCCGCAAGGAAUACAAAGUAUUUAGCUGUGGAUGACUUCCCAGAGCACAUAAAGAGUUUGGUUCAGAAGGAGAAAGAGUCUGAAGAGCAGGAGAAGAGACAAAGAGAGAUUGAGCGAAACACUUGCAAGAUCAAGCUUUUCUGCAUGCAUCCUUCGAAGAUGAUGGUAGAGAGCAAGCUGGAAGUGCAUAAGGACAAAACUCUUAUGGAAGCCACUGAAAUGGCCUACACGCUGAUGGAGCUGGAGGAAACAGUCUCCUUGGACUGUUGUCGCCUGGUGAAGUAUGAUGAGUUCCACGAGUACCUGGAGCGCUCCUAUGAGGGUGAGGAGGACACACCCAUGGGUCUUCUGCUUGGAGGUGUCAAGUCUUCUUACAUGUUCGAUUUGCUGCUGGAGACCCGCCGACCCGAGCAAGCGUUCCUGCCUUACAAACCUGGAGAGGUGAUGGUGAAGGUUCAUGUUGUAGAUCUGAGAACUGAAACCAUCGCCGCUCCCAUAAGUGUUCGGGCCUACCUAAACCAGACCAUCACUGAAUUCAAGCAACUUAUUGCACAGGCUACCGGCCUAUCUGCAGAAACAAUGCGUGCGGUUCUGGAACGUUGCUACAAUGACAUCCGGCUCCUGUAUGUUCCAAACAAGACACUGAAAGCGGAAGGUUUCUUCAGGAGUAACAAGAUUUUUGUGGAGAGUUCAGAGUCAAGUGAUCAUCAGGUGGCUUUCACUGACUCGAUGCUGUGGAAGCUGUUAGAUCGCCACGGGAAUACUAUCAGAUUACUGGUCUUACUUCCUGAACAGUCCCCUGGCACUUUGGCCAGCAGAACUCUUUGCCAAAAGGUUGGCAGUGACUCAGAUGUGCCCUUUGAAGGGUCAAAAGGCAACAGGAAAUCAGUGGAGGCUAUCCUUGAGGAGAGCACAGAAAAGUUAAAGAACCUGUCUCUGCAGCAGCAGCAGGGCUCCAGCGACAGCCAGAAAAGCUCUGACGCCAGCGACUUUGAACACAUUGAAUCCCCGAGCCAAGAGGCAGACUCAAACUCACCCUGCGUGGCCGCGGACAACCGAGAACGAGAAAACCGGAUCGCGGCCACAAGUGGGUGCAGGGGCAGUGCUUCGUCUGACCCAGAGAACCACUUUGCCUGCGAGGAACGCUCAGACUCUGAAGUAAACAAUGACCGCAGCACCAGCUCAGUGGACAGUGACAUUCUGAGCUCUAGUCACAGUAGUGACACACUGUGCAAUGCGGACAGCGGUCCCAUUCAGCUGGCCAAUGGCUUGGACUCCCACAGCAUCACUAGUAGCCGUCGCUCCAAAGCCCACGAAGGCAAGAAAGAGACCUGGGACACUGCAGAGGAAGAUUCUGGGACGGACAGCGAGUAUGACGACCAUGGGAAGGUUAAAUCAGAAGACCAUUACUUGUACUUCAGGACAGAACCUUGUUCCCAGGAUGACUCUGCCUGCAAUUCACAAAAAUGUUUAGUGGUUCAUGUGGACAAGAGGAUAACAUUGGCAGCGUUCAAACACAAUCUGGAGCCCUACGUCGGCGUCACCUCGGCCCAGUUCAAAGUGUUUCGGGUUUACGCCAACAACCAGGAGUUUGAGAGCGUACGGCUUAACGAAACACUGUCGUCAUUCUCUGAUGACAACAAGAUAACCAUUCGGCUUGGGAGAGCCCUGAAAAAGGGCGAAUACCGAGUGAAAGUGUAUCAACUGCUCGUAAAUGAACAAGAGCCCUGCAAGUUCCUCGUGGACGCUGUGUUUGCAAAGGGCAUGACUGUUAGACAGUCUAAAGAGGAGCUGCUUCCUCUCUUGAAAGAGCAGUGCAAGCUUGACCUCAGCAUUGACCGGGUGCGUCUCAGGAAAAAAACAUGGAAGAAUCCCGGCACAGUAUUUCUGGACUACCAUGUUUAUGAGGAAGACAUCAGCAUCUCCUCCAACUGGGAAGUUUUUAUGGAAAUCCUCGAUGAACAUGAGAAGAUGAAGUCAAUGUCGCAGCUGGCUGUUCUGACCCGCAGGUGGAGUGCAUCCACAAUGAAACUGGGUUCCUUCCAAGAAGUGAUUCUGGAGAGCAGCAAUGUUGAGGAACUCAAGGAGAAGCUCAGUGAAAUGAGUGAUAUCCCUCUUGAAAAGCUGGAGUUUGCCAAGGGUCGAGGAACAUUUCCCUGUGACAUUUCUGUGCUGGAGAUUCAUCAGGAUUUGGACUGGAACCCCAAGGUGUCAGCGUUAAACAUGUGGCCCCUGUACAUCUGUGAUGAUGGGGCUGUGGUCUUCUACAGGGACAGCACAGAGGAGCCAAUGGAGCUGUCAGAGGAUGAGCGCAAUGAACUCAUGAAGAAAGAGAGCAGCCGCCUGCUCAAGACUGGACAUCGGGUCAGCUACUCGCCGCGGAAAGAGAAGGCACUCAAGAUCUACCUAGACGGGGGUCCGGCUAAGGAUCCAGCCUAAUCCCUGUGUCAUUCGGAUCUUCUGGCGACUGUCUGGGACUCGGCAUGGGUGAGAGGUCCUGGGGGGGAGGGACGAACGUCAAGCAGCGUCAUGAGGUUGAAAUGCUCUCACCCUCCGCUCUUAGCUCGGAAACCCAGUUGUGCACUGUUAGUUUUUAUUGUACUGUAAAGGGAAUUUGAGAAGCUAUUCCUGACAGAAAAUGAAUUAACACCUUUUAAGACAAAUCGUCGUAAAACGUGGAGAUGGUCAAGACUUGAACGCGUCUCAUCAGUUAGUCUCCCUCUGCUUGUUCGGGUCAUCUCGAUCAUACCGAUUUCUCAGAGAUCAUUAAGUGCUCACAGCUCAUUUUAUCUUCCUCCAUUGCUCACCUUCCUUUGAAUUCUAUCAAAGCGAGCUUAGUAGCCACCAAAAAGGAAUCCUGGAGAUGCAAGCUUCCACUUCUCACUUCAUCUACAAGCUUUCUGAUGCGAAGCAUCACCACAUGUCAUGCUACGCUAUACUGUGGUGUGUGGUCACAGGUUUGCACGUCUGAGCUUCUUCGCUCGUCAUCGCUUCCACUAGAUUUCGUCCAAUUGCGCUCUUCAAUUCUCCCCUUGAGAAAAUCAAAGUAAAGAUGAAUUUAACAACCGUUUUGUUUUCGUACGUUGUUUUCCUCCGAUUAUAAUCAUUCUUUUGAAGCUACGCACACACAUGCUUCCCUGUUGUCUGUAUUAACAUUUCAUUGAUCUCUUUGUCUGAUCCGAUGCGACAGUGAGGGGGAUAGACGCUCCCUCCUUGGGUUUUUUUGGCCGAGAGCGUGAGGUGAAGUUGGCACUUUUACCCCCUGCUGCUUAAUAGAUGGACAUCAGUGGGUGGAGAAAGUUCGCCAGACCACCCGUGUCUUGGCCCGCCGGGCUUUUGAUGCUGCCACCAGCCGUUCACCGUAGAAAUGCCAAUGUCUGAUGAAAUUCUCUUUUUCCUCUGUUGGUGUUUAUUUCUUUUGAGAUUCAAAUCCUGUGUGAAAAUAGUUUGAGAUGAUUUUAAAAAUGAAUUAAAAUGUUUUAUUUCAUAA